AUGCAAGCGCCCAGCGUCCUGAUUUGCGUCCUUCUGAUUGUCGGCCAAUCGAGGGCCUGGUGGAGCCAGCAGUGCUGCCAGUGCAAGGAUCUGGACAUCGUGAGCUUCACCGGAGGCACUGACGAGGAUGACGUCGGCCCAACCAAGCGAUCCGUUUUAUCAGCAGAAAAGUCAGAACUACUCAACCUGCACAACAAGUACAGGCGUCUUGUCUCCGACGGGCAGAUUCGGGAGCAGCCAAGCUCCUCGAAAAUCCACGACCUUAAAUGGAGCACUGAACUGGAGGCUUCCGCUCAGAGGCACGCCGAUACUUGCCGAUUCGCUCACGACAGCGCUGAUGCACGCAGAACACCUCAGUGGGACUGGGUAGGGCAAAACAUAGCUUAUUCUUCGAGCAUCGCAAAGAACGUGGAAAUGUGGUUUGACGAAUAUAAAGAAUACAACUACCAAUCAAAUUAUUGCAGUGGUGUCUGCGGACAUUACACCCAAAACCUGAACUAUCGUCGCAGGAAACUGCCCAUAAUGAAGUCUCGUUUUCUCGCCUCUGUCGUGGUAGUAAUGUGA